AUGAAACCACAAGGAAAAUAUGAUUUUUUAAAUAUGGAAGGACCUAAAGGUUAUAUCGCUGGUUCAUUAAGAGAAGACACAGGUUUUAUUACUCAAAAUGAUAUUGGUCCAGCAAGGACAUUAAUGGUUGGUGAAGCAAAUUUUGAUGAUGACCAUGAAGAAGAAAAUGGUAUCAAUGAUGAAAUUGCAGAAAAGACAUAUGAGAUUGUAGAAAAGAGAAUGGAAGAACGAAGAAAAAGAAGAAAAGAAAUUAGAGAAAAGAAAGAACAAGAAGAAUAUGAAAAAAAACAUCCGACUAUUUCUCAACAAUUUGCAGAUAUCAAAGAUGAGAUGAAAAAAAUGAGUCUUGAAGAUUGGAUGAAAAUUCCUGAAGCAACAGGAAGAAGAAAUUAUAAAGUCCAAAAUGAAUUUUUAGAAGGUAGACAUAUGCCAUUACCUGAUACUGUGAUUGUAUCUAAUUAUAAUCAUAAUCAAAUCAAAGGAACAAUUAAUCCUACUCAAACAGAUCUCAUUCAAUUAGGAAAUACUAGAAAAAAAACAUUGCAAUUAAGUCUUGAUGGAUCCAAAACUUCUAUAAGUUCAGUUGAUGUUAGUGGAUAUCUUACAGAAUUAGGACAAAAUCAAGAAUUAACAGAAAAUGAUAUUACACAAAUUAAACAAUAUAAAUUUUUAUUUAAAUCAAUGAGAACAACAAAACCUCAAUUAGCUGUUGGAUGGAUUCAAUCAGCAUUAAUAGAGGAAAGUUUAGGACAUCUUUCUGCAGCAAGAAAAAUUAUUAUGGAAGGAACUCAAAAAUGUCCAAAUAGUGAUGAAAUUUGGUUACAAGCAAUUAGACUUCAUCCUAUAGAAGUAAGAAGUGAUAUUUGUGCAAGUGCAAUAGCUGUACUUCCAAAGAAACCGUCAUUAUGGCUUGAAGCAAUUGAGCUUGAAAGAAAUAUUAUUGAAAAAAGAAAAAUUGCACAUAAAGGACUAGAAUUUGUAAGCAAUUCAAUUGAAUUAUGGAAGAAAACUAUUGAAUUAGAAGAUGGAGAAAUACAAAAACAAACUAUGAAACAAGCUGUUGAAACUCUACCACAAUGUGUUGAAUUAUGGAUUAUCUUUGCUGAAAAAGAGAAUUUUGAAAAUAGUAAAAAGAUUUUAAAUCAAAGUCUUAAAAUUCUUCCCAAAGAACCCCUUAUUUGGAUUGCUGCAGCAAGGAUAGAAGAGAUAAAAGGACACAACCCAGAAAAAGCAAUUGGUAUUAUUAAAAAAGCAUUAAAAUAUUUUGACAAAGAAAAUCUUUCUAUUGAAAAAAAUAUUUGGAUUGACGAAGGAGUAAAAUAUAUUAAUGAAGCAAAAGCUACAUUAAAAGGAAUUAUUGAUUAUAUAAUCGAUUAUAAAGAAAAGGAUUUAAUUUCUUUUUGGAGACACAUAGAACAAACAUAUUCAAAUGAUACAAUUACUAAAAUGAUUUAUCAACAUGCAGUACAAGUACAACCCCAAAAUGAUGAGUUAUGGAUGGAACUCAUUCGUGUAUGUGGUAAUGAUGAAAAAGAAAUUGAAGUUGUAUUCCAACAUGCUAUUGAUGUAAUCGACAGUGAAGAAAUAUGGAAAAAAUUUGUUGAAUGGUGUAUGAAAAGAACACCCUCUAUUGCAGAAUCUUUAUUAAAAAAGAUAAUUGAUAAAGGCAAAGGAGGUGAAAGUGUAUGGAUUGGAAUAAUUGAUCUAGAAUUAAAUGAAAAUCAUUUACAAGAAGCAUUCAACUAUGUUCGACAAGGAAUAAAAAUUUGUAAAUCUAUGAAACUUAUUAAAAAAGGAAUUAAAAUCGCUUUGUCAUUAAAAGAUAAUGAAAAAGAAAAUGAAAUGAUUCUAUCUGGUGAUUCUAUUGAUCCUCAAAAUGUUGACUUAAUAUUAUUUAAGAUAAAAAGAGAGAUAAGAAAACAAAAUAUUAUUGAUGCAAGAAAAAUCUAUGAAAAUGCUUUAAAAUUAAACGAAACAUCUGUAAAGUUAUGGAUUGUAGCUGCUCAAUCAGAGCUUCACCAACCUGGACCUUUCUCUGUUAGCAAAGCUCGAACAAUUUAUGAAAGGGGAAAAAUUAAAAAUCCUACAAAUCAAGACUUAUGGAUUUCCUUAAUUCAUUUUGAAAGAGAGAAUGGAAACAAAAAAGUUUCAGACUCAUAUCUAUCAGAAGGAAUAAAGGUAUGUAAGUCCAAUGGAAAAUUAUGGAAAGAAUUUAUCCAAACAUCUCCAAUUAACAAAAAGAAAACUGCUUGCUCUGAUGCACUAAGAGCUUUUGAAGGAAGAGAUAAAGAUGUUGAUUAUGCCAAUGUCGUAUUUGCCGUUGCAGAGUUUCUUUAUAACACUGGUAAAAAAGAAAAAGCAGAAGAAUGGUUCAGAAAAGUUAUUUUUAUUGAUCCAAGUUAUGGAGAUGCAUGGAUUUGGAUUUACAAAAUUCUUUAUGAACAAAAAGGAAAAAUUAUAGACUUUGAAGAAAAGAAAAGGGAUUGUAUUGAAAAGUGUGGUUUGUUUGAGCAUAAAAAAGGAUUGGUAUGGUCUCAGGUCAAACGAAGAAAUGAGUCAUGUCGAUACUCUAUUGAAGAGAUACUUGAGAAAGGGAGAUUAGUUAUAAAUUAG